CUUUGGCCACUGAAUUUCUGCUCUUCGCUGUGUUGGCAGGAGAGUUCCACUGUGGCUUCGAGGAUGGGAAUAUUUGCCUUUUCACCCAAGAUGACACGGAUAACUUUGACUGGACUAAACAAAGCACUGCCACGAGGGACACCAAGUACACCCCAAACACGGGGCCCAACGCUGACAGGACGGGCUCCAAGGAAGGUUUCUACAUGUACAUCGAGACGUCCCGGCCCAGGCUGGAAGGGGAGAAGGCCAGACUGGUCAGUCCCGUGUUCAGCGUCGCUCCCAAAAAUCCCUACGGAGCCACGAACACGGCCUAUUGCUUCAGCUUCUACUAUCACAUGUAUGGACAGCACAUAGGAAGCCUGAACGUUUACCUGAGGCUGAAAGGUCAGACUGCAAUAGAGAACCCCCUGUGGUCUUCGAGUGGGAAUAAGGGCCAGCACUGGAACCAAGCCCGUGUGAACAUCAACCCCCCCACCUCAUUCCAGUGAGACGCUGAUAGACUGU